GGCGCUACUGGGAGGGUGAAGGGGAGGAGCAGUGAGAAACGGGCUGACGGAAGGGGCAACGGCAGCUCGGCUAGUCGCCUCUCGUUCGAACGCCGCCAACGUAAAUGCCGGAUUGACGCUGCGCAUCUUCCGUUCGAUGACGUUGCGCGACACCCCGUGCGGCCCGCGAGAUGGACGCGGAACGCCGUUAAAAAGUGUGCGUUAGUCGAGCUAACCAGCUAGCGGCUAACCACCUACCUUCCUGUCUGGCUAAACCCUCCCCUCCCUCGGCACGCCAAUUGACGGCAGCUCGGCUCGCUCGCUGCGGCGCUGCGCGGCUGCCCACCACUUCACCCUCCACCUCCUAGUCCGCCACCAAAGAAAAUGAAGAAAUUCAACAUUCGCAAGGUGCUGGACGGCUUGACGGCGGUCUCCUCUUCCUCGUCGGCCGCGCAGACUGGGGCCGCCAAGGAGAACGACGCCGUCCCGGAGAGCCUGCAGUCGGAGCAUUUCCAGCUUUGCAAGACCGUGCGUCAUGGUUUCCCGCAUCGGCCGUCCUCCAUGGCCUUCGACCCUGUGCAGAAGAUUUUGGCUGUCGGGACGCUGAACGGAGCUUUGAGGCUCUUCGGCCGUGCAGGUGUGGAGUGCUAUUGUCAACAUGACAGUGGCGCCGCCGUCAUCCAGCUACAGUUCCUCAUCAACGAGGGGGCGCUAGUGAGUGCCUUAGCUGAUGACAGCAUCCACCUGUGGAACCUGAGGCAAAAGAUCCCCGCCAUCCUGCAUUCGCUCAAGUUCAACAGGGAGAGAAUCACGUACUGCCAUCUGCCCUUCCAAAGCAAGUGGCUUUACAUUGGCACGGAAAGAGGCAACAUCCACAUCGUCAACGUGGAGUCCUUCACCCUCUCAGGCUACGUCAUCAUGUGGAACAAAGCCAUCGAACUCUCCUCAUUGGAUUUGAGUGUGGCGUGGUGGUGUUGUGGGACCUCAAGUCCAAAAAAGCUGACUAUCGCUACAAUUAUGAUGAGCUUUGGUCACAAUAGGAGUUUGUCAAUACCGGCUCGGUCCUAUCGAGGAGGAUCCCACUUGUGCUAUUUACUCUUUGGUGGCUUCCAGGCCAUCCACUCGGUCGCAUGGCACCACGAGGGCAAACAGUUUGUCUGCAGCCACUCGGACGGCACUCUGACCACAUGGAACAUACGAACCCCGGCCAAGCCGGCGCAGAUCAUCACGCCGCAUGGAAAGCAGCCCAAGGACGGCAAGAAGCCUGAGCCGUGCAAGCCCAUCCUGAAGGUGGAGUACAAAACCACACGGGCAGGGGACCCGUUUAUGGUUCUGUCCGGCGGUCUGUCCUAUGACACGGUGGGUCGGAGAGCAUGUCUGACGGUGAUGCACGGGAAGAGCACCACCGUCCUGGAGAUGGACUUCCCUAUCGUGGAUUUCCUUACACUGUGCGAGACGCCGUAUCCCAACGAUUUUCAGGAGCCGUAUGCCGUGGUGGUUCUCCUGGAGCGGGAUUUAGUCGUCAUUGACCUCGGACAGAUUGGGUACCCGAUAUUCGAGACCCCCUAUCCACUAAGCAUCCAUGAGUCCCCCGUGACCUGCUGCGAGUACUUUGCCGACUGCCCGGGCGAACUCAUUCCGGCACUUUACUCGGUGGGCAGCCGACAGAAGAGGCAAGGCUACAGCAAGAAGGAUUGGCCCAUCAGCGGGGGAAACUGGGGCCAAGGGACGCAAAGUUACCCAGAGAUCGUCAUUACUGGACACGCCGACGGCUCCAUCAAGUUUUGGGACGCUUCUGCAUUGAUGCUUCAAGUGCUGUAUAAGUUGAAGACAGCCAAGGUGUUCGAGAGGGCCCGCGGCAAGGAAGAGAAGGCCAACACGGACAUCGUGGACGAGGACCCCUUUGCUAUCCAGACGCUGUGCUGGUGCCCCGAGAGCAGGAUGUUGUGCGUGGCCGGCGUGUCGGCGCAUGUCAUUGUCUACCGCUUCAGCAAGCAGGAAGUCACCACCGCCGAUGUGCAGCUCUUGGAAGUACGCAUGCAGAGCGAUCUGAGCAACGUGGACUCGCCCGACGCCGCCGGGGACCAGACCCCCACGCAGCCUUCCCCGCCGCCCCCUAGCCCUCAGGAGAGCGAGCCCUCUGCCACCAUCUCCACUCAGGCCUCCGCUAGCGGAAUCAUCAGCAACUCUUUGGCGGACGGGCUGCGAGACAACAUGCCCUGUCUGCAGGUGCGGAUCUCCCCAUUGAAGCAGUCUCCGGGCUACCAAGUGGAGCUGGUGGUCCAGCUGGUGUGGGUGAGCGGGGAGCCACCUCAGCAGAUCACUAGCUUGGCCAUAAACUCCUCAUAUGGACUGGUGGUGUUUGGCAACAGCAAUGGCCUGGCGGUGGUGGACUACCUCCAGAAAACACUGCUGCUCAACCUGGGCACGUCAGAGCUAUACAGCCCGUCGGAGCCCAACCAGAGGCAGCCUUGCUCCCCGCGUAAAGCCCGCUACCCCUCUGGAGCGCAGUGCGAUUCCAAUGAUGGGCCCAACGCCGCAGAGGAGCGCUGCAAGUCGCCCAACUCAGGAUCCAACUCGCCGUGCAAUUCUGACGAAGAGCGCAAGGCCAAGUUCAUAGAAAAGGUGAAGUACAAAAGCAGACGCUUUUCCAAGACGGUUGCCAAUGACUUUGCUAGGAUGUCGCGGAAAAUUAGCUCGCCUAAUGAGCAAAAGCCCAACUCCGAGUGGGGUACCAUCUCAUCCAGAAAGCACUUUUAUUACACCCACAACGGCACGUCCAAGACAACGCGCAAGAGUGUGGAGCUGGCUUUCCCCGCAACAAACUCAGACCACAACAUGAAUUCCAAGGACAACUCGUUCAGCCGCUCGCGCAGUUCCAGCGUGGCCAGCAUCGACAGGGAGUCCCGCGAGGCCAUCUGCGCCUUCUGCUUCUGCGAGACCUUCCCCAGGAAGUUGGCGGACGCCUCGCCCAGCCCAUGCCUGCUGGUGGGCACCACCCACGGCUCUGUCAUGUUGGUGGCCCUCAGCCUGCCCUCUGGUGAUCAGCAGAGGCUCCUGCAGCCAGUCGGGAUCUCCUCCUCUGGCACGGUGGCCAGACUCAAAGGAGGCAUCUUAACGACGGCCCUGCUGGACGCCGCUGGAGCCCUGCUGCCCGCCUCCUACCAGCCCUGGUACGAUCCCAACGCCUCCGACGAGGAGAAGGAGAAGGAGAAGAGCCGGUGGCGCAGGCCGGCGUCACCGCCCUCGUCGCAGGACGGCCACGACUCGCAGUUCGCCAUCCUGUGCUCGGAGAAGCAGGCCAAGGUGUUGGCUAUGCCCUCGCAGACGCGCGUCUACAAACACAACAUCACCGAGUCGUCCUUCGUGCUGAGGGCCGACGUCGUGGAGAUGGCGGGAGCCAACUGCAUCGCCUGCUUCUGCGCCAACGGACACAUCAUGAUGCUGAGCUUGCCGAGUCUGCGUCCUCUCCUGGACGUCAACUACCUGCCGCUGACCGACAUGCGGAUAGCGCGGACGUUCUGCUUCUCCAAUCUGGGCCAGGCUCUGUACCUCACCUCCCCCACGGAGGUGCAGAGGAUCACUUACAGCCAAGAGACCUGCGACAACCUUCAGGAGAUGCUAAGUGAGUUGUUCACACCAGUGGAGACCCCAGAGGCUCCAAACAGAGGUUUCUUCAAAGGACUCUUUGGUGGAGGAGCUCAGUCUCUGGAUCGGGAAGAUCUUUUCGGCGAAACGGCGUCUGGGAAGGCUUCUCGCAGCCUGGCCCAGCACAUUCCCGGCCCGGGCAACAUGGAGGGCAUGAAGGGCGCGGCGUCAGGCGUGGUGGGCGAACUGGCCCGCGCACGGAUAGCGCUGGACGAGCGAGGGCAGAAGCUAGGCGAGCUGGAGGAGAGGACGGCCGCCAUGAUGGCCAGCGCAGACUCCUUCUCUAAGCAUGCUCACGACAUGAUGCUGAAGUACAAAGACAAGAAAUGGUACCAACUCUGAUGAUGGCAGGCAACGCCUGGACGAGCACUGUGGACUCUGUAGUCAUGUACACACACACACACACACACACACACACACACAUCAAUAUGGCCGAGGAGCUGCGGUUCCUUCGUCAUCCUUCUCUAAUUCUCUCCGAGUCGGCGGGGUUUUCCUGGGCUUUUUGGACUUGUGUAUUUUUGUUUGUUUUGGGUCACUUAGCUCUGCAUUGCCUCGCUGGCCGACGGACCGCUGCCGCGGACCUAAAUGAGGAGUAAAAGUCUGACUAUCCCGCCUUGAGACCCUUUUUCCCUCGUCCUUUUAAGUCCAAUCGUUGAAGUUUGUUGGUGACUGACGAAAGGAUUCAGUCUGUCUGUUUGUCUUUUGUGUGAGGAAACGGCCAUUGAAGCACUUAGGAAUAUGAAGCGGGAGCUGAUGAAUAGCCUACCAAAUAAGGGCUGGUAGUAGACUAGUCCAUCUUUUGCAAAAAAAACAAAAAGUCGUCACUUUCCUUCAAUUUUAAUUUAGUUUAUUUAUCAGGACGCGCGAUGCAGUUUUUGAGAUUGUUUAUCAGGUCACACAAGAGGUUUCUUAGAUUGUUCAUCAGGACAAAUUUGUUAGAUCAUCAGGACACACGAAAAUGUGUUAGAUUACUAUAUUUAUCAGGACACAAGAAGUUUGUUGCCUCAUUUAUCAGGACACUGGAGAGGUUUCUUAGAUUAUCAGGACACUCGAGAAGUUGGUUAGAUAAUUUAUCAGGAUGGAUGAUAACAUUGUUAUAAUUUAUUAGGAUACAAGAAGUUUUUUAGCUCAUUUAAAAGGGCUUUUGUUCGCCGGGCAUUACUUUGUGUUAAUUGUCAAAUAAUUGCACGCGUUAAAAAAAGUUCUGGAGUUGUUUCCACCCACUGCUGUUGCAUUUGCCGUUAAGCCUCUUUCACACGGAGAUCCUGCAAAAUGGCUGCAAUGGAACUCAAGUAAAUUUUUGGGGAUGUUGCUAUUUUUUUUGCCCCACUUAAUCAGUUGUGGAAGGAAACGAUGACCAAAAAAAAGUUUUAAUUCAUAUAUUUGGUGUAGGAAGUUCUGCCUAAACAGAAUUUUCGUCGACACAUUUGGUGUAGGAAGUUGGAGAACAUUCUCAGCAAAAUAACAAUGCAGUUUGGAUUUUUUUUUCUCACUUAUUUUCUGCCUGCUCACUAGUCAUACCAACAAAAUAAAAGAGAGGAGGAAAAAAUGCAUUUUAUUCCACAUAUUUGGUGUUUGGAAGUUGGGUAAAACUAAAAUAUGUGGCGCUGGUUGAUGUUUGUUUUUUUUCUCCCCACCUCGUCUUUAUGCCAAAGAAAUAAAAUGUGCAUUUUAUUCCACAUAAUUGGUGUGGGAAAUUGGGGAAUUUUUAAUUAUUUUUUUUUUGAACGACCAAAACACUCCACAGUAGUUGAUCGUUCUCAGUCGGCGCUUGUUCACUUUUUAGCCAUUGAUAACGCGUCUGUGCUAAGCUAGCUGUUUAGCUGCGUGUGUGUGAGCAUACAUAUAUUCAGGGAUGUGUGUAUGUAUGGACCCCACAUUUGCAUUUUUUAUUGAGUCUUCUGCAAGCUGCUAUUUGCGUACAUCUUAAAGAACAAAACAGCUCAAGUUUAAUGGCAUAUUGUGGCCAUCUUCUUUUUGUGUAAGAUAUUUCAUAAUUGUAUUAUUUAUCGCCCCCUUUGUCUAUAUAUUUGUUGUAAGAAAUUACCGGAAACAUUACAACACUGUAUUUUUUUUCCCCCAACUAACAGCUCACUCAAAAAAAAGAGAAAAUAAUUUUAGUCCAUGUAUUUACUGUAAGAAGUAAAUACAUGUCUGAAACACGACAAUGCUGUUUUUUCUGCCUAAUCAAUCACCCCCCCCCCCCCCCCUAAAAAAGCAGAAAAAGCCAAAUUCUAGUCUACUUUUUGGGUGUAGGAAAUUCUCUUAUAUGAUGCAUCCUGUUGCAAUUGUUGAUGCUAUUUCCAUAAUUUUUGGGUGUAUGUAAAAGGUUGGGCAAAAUUCUCAUAAACCCCCCAAAAAAAGAGCCUGUUUUAGUCUGUAUAUUUAAUGUGUGAAGUUGGGGAUAAUUCCUAGAAACAUCACAACAGUUUUAAUUUUUGUCUGCCUAAUCAGUCACACAAAAAAGUACAUUCAAGUUCAUAUUUGGUGUAGGAAGUUGGGGGAAAUUCACGGAAAUAAGUUGGGAAAUUUUAGAUGUUGCGGUUUGGAUUUUUCCCGCCUUAUCAGCCACACCCAAAAAAAGACAACUUUAAUUUGUUAGCAGUUGGGGAAAAAUCUGAAGCAUGACAAAGCCGUUUGGAUUUUUUUCUGCCUAAUCAGUCACACAAAAAAAACCAACUGCAUUUUAGUCCACAUAUUUGGUGAAGCAAGUUGUGGAAAAGUCUGUGCAACAUAAGUGUAUUUUUUAUUCAGCUUUUUCUGUGUGUAAGACGUUGGGGAAAUUCUCCUACAUAUAACACUGUUCGGAUUUUUGCCACUUUUUUCCGCCAAAACAAUCACUCCGAAAACAACCCAAAAAGCGCAUUUUGAAAGCCACUCUGUACUGACAAACCCAAGCCAAGCAGCAGCCAUGAAAUGUGGGUUGAGCACGAUUUUUUUUUUUAUGAAUUUUUGUUGUUGUGAGAGGACCAAAAGACAUCCGAACCUAUCUAUGCUUAUCUAGAUCUAUGUCAUCUGCCAAUCCUGCUUAUUACAAUGAUCAGAUUAGUUUUCCUCUAUAUCUAUGAUAUAUAUUUGAAGGAAACUGUAUGAUCAUAUUCCAAAGGAAUACCUUUAAAUGUCUUUAUUUUUGGUGGAAGACCUACUUUAAACUUUUUUUUUUUUUUUUUUCCCGGUCACACACACACAUACAUACACACACACACACGUAUGUCACAUUUUCCCACCUUGUGUGGCCUCGCCUUUUCAAGUGCUUCGGGGUUCCACAAAGCAGGGGUGGGCAACCCGCGGGGCUGCCCGUAAUCUCGUCGCGCAUUAACGGAUGCAUGAUGUUAAGUGUUUACAAACGCGUAUUAUGCCGACAUUUGUAUUUACUCACACAAAAAAAAAAAACAACAACAAGACGCUGUUUACAUUUAAUGGUGUGUACAUGCGCGUGAAAGGUUUCCUGGCUUUUGCGGACGCGCUGAUUCAUAAAGGCUUUUGCUCGGCUUUACAGCAUUGUGCAAAAAGGGGGAGGGGGGGGGGGGGGGUUCGAUGCUGAGCCCACCCUGUCCAUCAGCCAUGCAUCAUCCAUCCAUAUGUCCUCUUUGUCCGUCUUCUGGGAUGAAUAUCUGUGGAGUUGCAGUAUUUUCUCAUUUUUGUACAGUUUUAUUAAAGAUGAAUUUCCCAUGGAUGUCCUGACUUGAUCUGCUCCCACAAUUAGACUGUAGAUACUAAUUGCACUAAUAUAUAUAUGGAUAUAUAUUGGUGUAUUGGAAAAUAAAUGUUAAAAAAAAUUAAAACCUGA